AUGGGCCAGUUAUUUUCAUGGUCCAUCAAAAUCGCAUCUUCGUUCAUGCUGGAUGUUGCCAAGUUUCUCGACGCGGACAGUCUACAAGUCGUGGAGUUUCCUGCCAUCCUCGACUCCCAAGAUUCGAAGACCGACCUUUGCUCCAUAUCGCUUCCACUCUUCGCAGCGAUCUCAUAUCCGUGGCGCGACCUUCAACUCCCCGCGGGGAGCUCAACUCCCUCAUUCUCCGUUGCGGGCGCCCUCCACGCGGACCCCAUCUCCAUCUCUGUCAUCCGCACAGCAUGCCUCGCCGCCCGCGCAUACAACUGCAACUACCUGUGGCUCGACCGUCUGUGCAUCCUCCAAGCAUCCAAAGAAGAUAAGGACUGGCAGAUCCAACGCAUGUUCCACAUCUACCGGCGAUGCACGACGUGCCUCGUGUUCUCCGGAGGCCUCGUGCGCCUCGCGCGCCUCGACGAUGCGACGUCAUGGAUCGACCGCGCAUGGACGCUCCAAGAGGCCGUCGCUCCCCAGGACGGGACCGUCAAAGUCGUCUUUGCGCUCACCCAUCCCACAUACCGCGAGUUCAUCCAGGAGCGGUGCGACGUCGCCCCACACGGGACAUUUGUCGAGCGGGUCUUGGAGCCAGACAGGUCCGCGGUCAGCGACCUGAACAUGCUGCGCGGAGAAAUCCACUCCUGGCUAGAAGCGCUGCGCGAACACGGCCCCGACUUUCCCGACCUGCAGGCCCGCCUUCCUAUCCGCAUUCUCCGCGGGGUCGAGUCCCUGACGCUGAGCAAUGCAGUCGCCUUUCGGACAGGACUACCACUUUGGACUGCGGCGUACACACGCUCGUCCUCUCGCCCUGUGGACAUGGUGUUCAGCAUUAUGGGGCUGUUUGGCGUGCACCUCGACGUGUCGCGCUUCGGGAAGACGGACAGGCUGCGCGCAACGAUUGCACUGAUACAGGAGAUGAUGCGACGCCCGCGCGCAACAGCGACAUGGCUCUAUAUCGCGCCCACAAUGACGCCGUCCAAGGAGCUCUCGACGCUCCCCGAGAUGCCGGAGACGAGUGAAAGUGGCCGUGCCUACAUACACACGCCGAAAGGACCGGUGCCUGCUACGGACGCCAUAGUGGUGGAGACGUUCUUCGAGUCGAGCUCAUGGGACACACGGGGCGCGCCGCGAGGAGAAAUGACCGACUCGGGGUAUUUUGUGUUCUGGAGCAGGGCCGCGCCGAUGCUAGUGGAAACCGCAUCUGCCUGGAGGAUGACUGGUGCUGAUUGGGCUGUGGUACAGACAGUGUACGACGACCGAGAGGUCUGGGCAGUCGUCGUUGGGCGGAAGAAGAACUUCAACCGGAACCCCGAUACGUGGAAGCACCAGUCAUGGUCGGGAGAAGGACCCAGACCCGUCGGUUUAUUCGAGUUGACGUUGAUGCUCGUCGAGAAGCACGGGUAUGAGCUGUAUCAUCGUGUGGGUAUGGAACGGGAAAUAGACGAGAGGAAGACGGCGGGGUGGAACUGGACGUACCGGCGCUUCCAAGUCGGAGGGCCGGGACGAGGGGAGAGAAAGAGAUUUGGUGUAUCAUCUGCGGGGCCGUACAACACCACCGAGAGAGAUGCGCCUCACCGAAAGGACGCUAUCAUAUUGAACACGCACGGGCGCGGCCCUCCCACCGUCAAUGUCCGCGUCGUCGCGAAGCACCCUGUACACCGCCCACGAGUAAGCGAGCCGCCCGAGCUUGAGCAGCUCGACGCAUGGCCCGAGGUGCGGCGCAAUAGUGUCCGCGGCACGAUCCUGCACCUUCUGGUAUUUUUCGAGGCUCGGAAACCAAUAUUCGAAGCUUAUGCCGGCGACUGGGAUAUCCAGGUGCAGGUGGAGGAUGCGGAGAUGGACCAAGGGCUUGAUGAGGAGGGCGAUUGA